AUGACAACUGCAAUACGUAUACUCGUAUAUGGUUGUGUAGCCAAUCAUUGUGACGAGUAUAUUAAAAUCAGUGAGAGCACUGCCAUUGAAACCUUGAUGACAUUUUGUAAGGUUGUUGUUGCUGUGUAUGUGGAAGAGUACAUGUGCUCACCCAAUGAAGCUGACAUAACACGACUACUUCGAGAAGGGGAGGAGAGAGGAUUCUUGAGUAUACCUAGUUCUAUCGACUAUUGGUGGAUUUGGCAUGCAUUCUUUGGAAUGUUGGGGUCACAUAAUGAUAUUAAUGUGUUGGAUCAUUCUUCGGUAUUUGAUAGUACCGUUACUUGCCAAAUUCCUCUGGUUAAUUUCGUUGUGAAUGGCCAUUACUAUAGAAUGGGGUAUUACCUAUCUGAUGGUAUAUACCCUAAGUGGACAACUUUGAUGCAGACCAUCCCGCACCCAACUACAGCAAAAGAAAAACUUUUUGCUCAGAGACAAGAGGCUUGUUGGAAAGAUGUGGAAUGA